GUGAGAACGGUGUCGACACAUUGCGAUCGCGGCACACAAGUACAGCUCUAAUCGUACCAAAUCGCGUCCCAAAACAACACGACGGAUUAGUUUAUUUCUGUUCUAUUCUAGCCUUUAUUCUUUGGUUUAAUAAUCCUACUGAUAACGUUUAUUUUGUACACCUUAGACUGUGGCUCAGGUGUACAGUCAAGUGUAGUGAACACCAUAGUGCAGUGGCGCGGGAUGAAAAAAUAGAAAGGUAAAGCCGGACCAAAAAAAUACACGUGAAUAAGCUAAGCGUCAUAGGUUGUUUUCCAAUUACAGAGCAUAAUGCGACUCAGUGGCGCACAAUGCCGAAUUAUGCUGAUGCUUAAUUGGAACGUGAAUUAGUUUUAAAAUGCACCAGCAGAGUGCGCUAAAUUCAGUGUCAAAAAAAAAAUAUUCAUAGAGUUAGCAAUAACCUCAUUAAUGUGUAAAUAAAGUGGUAUACAUAAUAUUUACAAUGAAACGAAAGCUUUAAAAAUUUUCAACAAUAAAUAAUAUUACUAAGGAUAGAAUAUAAAUAAAACAUUUCGAUCAAUGCCAACUUAAAGAAAAAAACACUUCUUAAUUUUCUGUCACUGAGUUGGUUUCACACGAAAACAUUACUUCUGAGAGUGCUCGAUUGUGCGAAGCGAUGCUGCAGUUGAAACAUUCAACGUUAAGCAUUAUGCCGCAUAAUGCGCUCUAGUGCUGUGGAAAACUACCAGAAUCUGCCAAGGGAAGCCGGUGGGAAUCGUGUUCUAAGGAGGCUUCGCCACUGCCAUAGUGUACAUAUUAACAUUAACUUUCUAUGUAAACUUCCUUUCUCUAUGUGUCUAACCAUAGAGAAAGUAAUCACCUUCGUUUAUGUUUAUGUCAGUAGAUCUAAUUGCUGUAGUUGAAGGACCCAUGAGACAAGAAAAGUAAUAAUUAUGAGCAAGGUGGCAUCUGUAAAGGCUGCCGCAGUCGAUGCCUCUCGUUUCUGUAAAAGUACAUUUUCUUUAACCUUCGCAGUAGAACUGCUUGGUAUAGAUGUAUGGCAUGACUGCAACGAAGGAUGGAUCGAUCUAGGUCCUUGUGUGCAGGGAAUGAGGAUACAAUAUCAAUUGUAUCCUGGUCAAGUUUAUGAUUUAGACAUACUUAUAUGGCCUCACGUUGCAAAGAUCUGGUGUGGAGCUCAUUAUGGUUGGGUAAGAACCUGGCAGUUUUUGGAAAGGAGGUUUCUCACUUUUUCCAUCCGUCAUAUUUUCCCAGUCCGGGUAAUGGAGUUACAAAGUUUCAUAGCUACCAUCACACCAUUGUUUGGAAUUGCAAACUUAAGCACUAACGCAAAAAACGAUAAGAAUGUUGAAGUUUAUCUUCCAUCAAUGAAGUUCGGUGAUCAGAGAUAUUUUGCUCCUGUGGUAGAAAGAGAACAAACUUUGAUAGAAUAUUUAGUGGAAUUAAUAUGGAGCUUAGUAGAAAAAUAUAUUCCAGCAUCAACUAUAGACGGUGUGUUUGAUGUUCCUAAGCCAGUCACAGAUGUUCGGCACCAGGAUACAAUAAUGUAUUACGUCAAAGAAGCCAUUUUGAAUAAAUUCGAAAAAGAAACCGAACCCGAACUAGAAUUAGAACCUGAGGAAUUUAAAAUAAAAGAAAGAAGAGAGACGAAGAUCGGAAAAGAUAAAGAAAAGGAAAAAGAGAAAAAAAGGGUUGAAGUUCCUAAAGUAAAGUUUGAAAUAAAAUUACUCGGUGAUUCUAUUCUAGCAGGCGUUGGAAGAAUUGUUCCAUUUGAGAAUAUCGGCGAUAGACCAAAUGAUCUUGGUGAAUUUAUAACAAUCAUUAGCAGUACCAAUUUGCCAGCUCAAGACGAUCGCCCAAUUAUAUUUGUGAAUGUCGAUACGUUAACAAAUUUACCAGCAGAAUAUCUAAGAAAACUCAGAAUAUCACAGGUAUACACUAGGUGGGUUAUAAAUAAAGAAACGCAUAAUUCGCAACCUCAAAACAUAAAUAUACAUAAAUCAGAUAUAAAAUUUAAUGAUCAUCAUGCACUUCAUUUUGAUCCGGAUGCAAUAUCUAAAGUAACGGCUACAUUAUUAGACAAUCCGUUUGAAGUACAGUUACGUGGCAUAAGAUCUACUAAUUUUCAAAAAGACAUGGCUCGAUUUUUUGGAUACAAAAAGGGUGAUCAAAGUUUUGGAGUUUCUUCAAGCAAGUUUGAAAAUGAAGAUUUAGAUGUUCUUAUAGCUGUAACGAAAAUUGACACACACGACAUGGCAAAAGGCAUGAGUAAUUUUAUAAGAGGAGAGUAUUCUCUAUUUCCGCCUAGAACUUCUUUAGUGGAAUUAGAAAGAGAACCUAUUUGUAGCAAUGACAUAAAUCACAUAAAGCAGCCUAUAUAUCCUAAUACAAUAGUACCAGCACACGUUAUAUUAGAAACACAAAUGUCUUUGGAAGUCUCUAUGGGACUUGUUGGUUGUAAAGCAAAAAAGUUGACAGAAAGUUUUGCAAGAUUAUAUUGUCUAGUCAAAGAUACCGAAAUCAUUAUGACGAUACUAAAAAGUAUUACAGAAAUCAAUGAAGGAUUUUUGCAGUGUGAUAUGGAAGAUAAUGUAUUAACAGGGUUUGCUCUAGACGUUGGCGAUGUAGUAUUACUCUACGUGGAAGGACCGAGUAAUGGGCAGAUUUUAAAAAUAUGGGAAAUGACGGAAGACUUUUAUCCAACAAUUAGACCAGUGUUUUCUAGCUCGAACAGAUAUUCUAGCAGAAUUUAUCCAGGUGUAUAUAUUUUCUUUAGGAUUACUCCUAGCUGCAUUGUCUUAAUCAGUCAGUAUAUAUUGAUGCUUUUCUUUUCAGUGCUAUCGAAGUCGCCUUUUAAUGUUUUAAAGAUGUAUGUUCCAUUGAGUGUAAUUUUAGCUUGUCCACCAGUAUAUGUUCGUCCAGCUUUGCCAUUUCCUACGAGAUCUGUAAGUUUGAACGUCACGAAACUAUAAUUUAUUGUGAUUAGCAAUUUUCUAGUACUGCUCACUUGAAUAUUUACUCUUCGUACAGUUUUUCGGAUUUUCUACUCGCAUAGGUAGUGAAAUUGAAAAUAAGCGAUUUUUUGGAAAGAACAUGGGUACUUAUUAUGAAACUUUUGAUGUUAAUGCUAGCUUUGUUCUCAAAUCUUUAUGUGUUCGCCGUUACUAAAGAAUUUAUAAUAUAGUGUAUUACUAAUUGUAGUAAAGCGACGGUAACUUCAGUUUCAAUGUAGAGGAAACUUAGGGAUAUUACAACUUCACGGAUAUGAUUGUAGGAAACGUUUUUAGUUAUUAUCAGUCUAUUAAAUAAAUGUACUCGCUGCUGGGGCACAUACCUUCCCUAUGGAAGGCAUUGAGAGAAUGAAUCAUGACCUACUAAAAGGGCCCAGUGCGGAUUGGUGUGUGCUAACGAUUGCAGAUGCAACCGAGACCAACGGCAUAGCAUAACGGCACAGCAUUUCGAAACUAAGAGGAGAUCAAGAUAUGCACUGCGAAAUCGAACUCAUCUCUCCUUUGAUUUGAUCUAAUCAGAUGAAAGAUUGACUUGGCGAGGUUUGAACUCAACCCGUUCAGUGUUUGUGCUUCUAGGUACUGCUUUGAAACAAAAGCAACAAACGCAUGUUUCAUUCCAGUAUAUUAUAUUAUGUAUAUUAAGUGGCUACGUUUAAUAAAACUCAGGUAUAUUAAACUUAUUGAGGAGCUCGAUGGCGCCAGGGAUUAGCGCGUUCGACUGCAAUUGUUGAAAUUAAGCAAUUUUCGUAGUGAUCAGCUAUUGAAUGGGUAUCCAAAAAUUCACCAUCUCCAGCUCUUUUGUGUUUCGGAAAGUACGUUAAGCCAUUGUUCCCGGCUGCAUCUGCAGUCGUUAGCCCCCACUAAACCACACUAGGCCCGCGUGGUGGGACAUGGCCCAAUCACUUUAUCCCAUCCAUAGGGAAGGCCUGUACCUCAACAGAGGGGGCAUUAAUAAGCUAGUGACGAUGAUGAUGAUAAUAAAACAUUUUGUGUUUUAGGCUGUAUUAAAGUUGGGUCGUCUGAUUGGCGGCAAGCUACGCGUUGCUCCACCAACGAGUGAAAUGCUAUCUGUAACAGAGCUGAAGAGUUUGAGACUUGAGUUGUGCGUGGCUCCCAGGCCAGCAGUAGUAACGCAACCCGGCGAUACUCAUAAAAAAAGUGAUUAAUAGAUCUUUGAACUUUUUUGUAUAUUCUCUCAAAAUAUGCUGACCUAUAGGGGCAUAUUCAAUAGGCAAAGAUUUGACAUAGAAAUAAACCAUCUUCUUUUAAGAUGCUUAGUAAUCUAUUGAUCCCCUUUAGCAAGGUAACGGAUUCUUUUAUAUACAAAAGUCUGACUGUUUAAUGCUUAUUAUCAAAAAUACAAAACUCUUUGAACUAUAUUACUUACUUACUUACUGCUGCGGCACAACGAUCCAAAGUGGAUCUUGGCCUCCGACACAAGAUGACGCCAUGCUCUGCGAUCCCGGGAUAGGUCCCGCCAGCAGUCAGCACCCAAAGACUGCAAGUCCCUCUGCACCUCGUCGCUACAGCGGUAUCUAGGACGUCCAACGGGUCGUCGUCCUAUCGGUCGCCCGAAAUACGCUGUUUUAACGGCUCGAUUCUCUCCCAUUGUCUCUACGUGUCCGAGCCAGCGAAGUCUAGCUGCUUUAAUUUCUGCUAUGAUGUUGGGCUCGGACAUUAGAUUUUCCAGCUCGAUGUUCAUCCGCACUCUCCAGCUGCCAUCCUCUCUCUGAGCCGGCCCCAGGAUCUUCCGUAGAAUCUUUAUCUUUCUUUAGGCGACUAACAACUUAUUCCCUCUUUAAGGGUCAGCGUCGGAGCCUCACAACCGUAUCUCUUUGAACUAUAUUAUAAAUUAAAAUAAUACAAUACCACAUUACGUCCGAAUACGCGUAAAAGAUUUAAAUAUGAUAUAUGCAUACCUAGGAUAAAUAAUUAUUGCAAUUCCAACUGCAAAAUUGUACACAGUUUUUUUAAGCAAUAAAGUUAUUAUUAUUAAUAAGCAUUUCAGGAAAAUUGCUACAAAAUAUAAACGAGGCAGAAGCUUAAACUCAAUGACAUUAGACUUGUUAUGCCGUGUUUUGUUCAUAUCUGAUGAUGCGAUUGUGAUCGUAAGCCCGAAUACGAGUGCCAAUGGAAUUCGGGUAAACGACUAAGUGUAAUGUAAAUGAACCGAAUCGAAUACUCCCGUAUUCGGGUAGUUUUCGUUUAGGUUACCCGACACCGUCUUCCAGCUCGUACUCCAGUGUAAAUAUUGCUUCGGGUGCCCGAAUUAGAAUACCUAAUUUCUUUCGAGUACCCAAUUGCGGGCUAACGACCAAGAGUAAUUGAGCCAUAAGGUUCUCAUCACCCAAGCCGAAUUCUAUAUUCAUGAUAAUAAGGAACCAAUUAUUUUACGCAGACGAACUAAAAAGCAAUAGCUAGAUAGUCCUUGUUACUAUAUAUAAUACCCCAACUUGUUUCAGAAGAUGAACAUCACAUGCCAUGCUUUCAAAGAAUCAAUUGGGAUAAGCAAGAAGCUAAAACGCUGGGGAGCGAAGAAAAGGAGUGCCUUUUUACAAUUUGAUUUUUUUACUUAUCAAUGGGUUUGACUUGCAUUAAACAUUUACAAUUUUUAUUAUUAAUAUUAUUUUAAUAUAUUUUAUACCAAUAACACAGUGCAUUGUAAUAUUAUAGACCCAACCCCUAUUUAUCAUAAUAAUAUUUAAGGAAAAAUGGUUUGCACCGUUGAAAUUUGUUUAAACAAGAUAAAAUAUACAUACCUGUGUCUCGGAAUACCUAACGUGAGUUUCUACUGUUGAAAAAAAAAAACUAUUCAGUAGUUCCGGAGUUUGCUUUCUAAAAACAAAGUUACAAAA